UCACGUAUAAUCCUGCGAGGUUGCAGGCAAUGUCAUAUGAGAAUCCCAAAUGCAGUAAUAUUACGCAAUCCUUUGGUGCGUCACCUCAAGGUUUACAAAGUGAGCUGUUUUGUUUUGGCAACUAUCGGUCUGUCGCACCUGGUGCAUGUCAUCUGGUGUUGGGUGGACCCAUUUACACAUCUCUUUCUAAAUUUCCCUAUGGUUUAAACCUUCACGGGCGCGAUUGUGGAUUCGGAAAACCGGCGGUGGGUUUGCUGCUUAAGUCCUACAAAUCAUGGUUCGAAUCAGUCUUUCUACCAAGGAAAGGUCAAGGAGGAACCGGCUUGACUGCUGCCUCGGUAUCCAGUGCUGCCUCGCUAUCGAGUGCUGCCGCGGUGUCCAGUUUUUAUCAUAAUCCAAACCAGGGAGAUCAAUGUGUUUUCAAUGGAGUGAAGGGUGUGUGAGUACCGGUUGGUAGUUGCUCCACCCAAACAAUAACGAUCCAGAACAGCUUUCUUUUGUGCAAGAGUAGCUCGUAUGUCUGUUGCCCGUACCAGCUCCAGGCUAGCAGUGUCCUGCAGCAACCGACUAAAAUAGAUCUAGAACUUAACGAAUGUAAGACACGCUACCAACAAUUUAGGAUGGAGCGGCAGAAUCGAUGGCGAAACGAUUCACGCACGCUUCAAUAUUCACACACGGCUGCGAUAGGAUUUCAAUAUGCGACUGAAUUCAAACCUGUUUGUCCAGGAUAUCUUAUCAGUACUCGCGGUGUGGUUACCGCUGCUUCCUGUUUGGGCAAAUUAUCAAUCGACCAAAUGAUGGUGCGCCUCGGCUGGCAUGGCGAGGAAAGCGUUCCUUCAACAAUCAGAUUUGAGCCGGUUCAUUCUAGAAACGUACAUCCAUUGUACAAUGAAACGACUGGAGCGCACAACAUCGCUGUGAUAAAGCUAAAGAACGCUAUCCAACCUAACGUUCAUUUGUUUCCUGCGUGCUUAUGGUCGGAUAGAUUAGAGUCACCAGUAAUGCAACGCAUACUGUUCGAUGAGUUUGAAGGGUUUGAACUAAUACACCCGUUAUACAAAACGGACUGCGAGAAACGUUUGAAUUGUCCGCCGCUACCACAAGAAAUCGUUUGUAUGCGUAUUGCGGAUGAAAUAUGCAGGUCAUCAUCAAAAUCGAGAGAAUACGCUUGCAACGAUCGCUUAAAAUUAAAAUUAAAGAAAAACUGCUAUCAGGGUGGCAAUCCUAUCGUAUGGAGAAAGGAAGACCAUACCGGCCUUACCGAAUACCUAUUAGGAGUCUACAGCAUCGGAGAUUGCAAAUCGGAAGUUUCGCUGCACAUUGUGCAGCGGGUGGCAUUCUACAUCGACUGGAUUGCUAAAGUGCUGCUUUGAAAUCUUGUACCUUGUAUACUUGUAUCUUGUGUUUGGUUGUAGUGCAAAUAAAUGAUACAAUUUGAGCAAAAAGAUCAUUUUCAUUCAUUGUUUCAGGGACAGCAGUUCCUGAGUGUCAUACAAUUCGUUGA